AUGAAUCGCUUUACUUUGUUGGCCCUGGUUGGCUCCACUCUCGCUUCUCCUAUUAAAUCGGUCAAGUCGCGUGCGGCUGCUGAUGCCAAGUAUCUCUUUUCUUUGUAUGUAUAUGCUUUAGUCAAAAUUCCAAACGGUGGUCUAGAUGCUAACAACACCAGCGGAGAUUCAUAUUCCGAAACCGGCUUCGACGUCACCAGCACGCAACCCUCCGUUACAAAUCCAUUCGGUAACCCCGCUUUCCCUGGCUACACCACCGACAAUGGCAUCAAUUGGAUCGGCCAUCUUGUCGAAACCUACAAUUCCUCGCUUAUCCUAUCAUACAAUUUUGCAUAUGGAGGUGCUGUUGUUGAUGCCAGCAUUGUUGCACCCUAUGAAGAUACAGUCUUGACUCUGGUCAAUCAAACGGCUGAGUUCGUGGAUAAUCUCUCGCCUGCUCCAGCUGGUGCUCCUUGGACGGCGGAUAACUCGCUUUUUGCGUUUUGGUUUGGGGUGAAUGAUAUUGGCAAUUCUUAUUGGUUGGCCAAUGAGACGGAUGUCAUUACUGCGAUUUUCGAUAGUUAUUUUGCGCAAGUGCAACUUGUGUAUGAUGCUGGAGGAAGAAACUUUUUGUUUUUGAAUUGUCCUCCCGUCGACAAAUCCCCCAUGAUGCUCGCCUACGGCGACUCCGUCACCUCCUCCGAAGCUACCGUCAUCACCGCGUACAACACCGAACUCAGCACCCGCGUAUCCGCUUUCGAAACCGCAAAUUCCGGAACUACUACCUACGUUUUUGACACGCAAGUCCCAUUUAAUACUGCUCUCAGCGCGCCAGCUACUUAUGGUGCUACUAAUGCAACGUGUUUCGACGCGGAUGGAACGACCUGUCUUUGGUGGAAUAACUUGCAUCCUGGUCAGGCUAUUCAGAAAUUGGUCGCGGAGGGUGUGGCAGAACAGUUGGCGGGGUCGUUUUUUCAGGGUAGUGCGAGCGCUAGCUCUUUGAGUUCUUCCUCUGUGGCGGUUGCAGCAUCAUCCAGUAUUCCAGCAUCUUCGACCAUUCAAACUUCAAGCCCAACAGUAGUUGCAUCUGCAUCCGUGCUUUCGACAGCAGUUGCGUCGCUUGCGAUAUCGUCUGCGGCGGCGGUCGUAACGCCUGUUUCUUCGAUCUCGAGCAUGCCGUCGAGUUCGGUAAUCGUCGCUUCGAGUACUUCUGUUCCAGCAUUAUCCUCGGCUUCGCCUGUCGUUAGUAGCGCUGCUGCAUUACCUACAGUGAUCGCUUCGAGUGGGGAAGAUGAGUGUGAGGCUUAG